GAAGGUUCGUCUUACCUAGUGCGGAGAAAAUAUGGCGACGUCUCUAACCGCUUUAGUAGCAGCUCCUGCCUCAGUUUCUUCCGCCGGGAACGAUCCUCCUUCUGGUUCGGUAGUUGGCUUCCCCAAAACUUCAUUCCUUCCUGGCACCAAGCUCUUUUCUUUUCCCAAUUCGAGACGACAUGUUGUCCAGAGAUUUACGACUCCCUCUGCCUGCUCGUUUGAUCACAUACCUAAGAGGUUCAGAGAGGAGAAUCUCAAAGACGGAUUGAUGGACAAUUAUAAAAAUGCUCUGAAAUACCUUUAUGGCCUUGCUCCUUCACAAAUGGACAUGUUUAUGACAGAAGAUAACCCCAUUCGGGGACAGUCAGAAAAAAUCACUGAGGAAAGCAUUUCAUCUGCAAGAAAUUAUCUUGAUCAUGGAGGGAUGUGGAGUUCAUCAGGAAUGAAGGAUGGGGGUCCUUCAAGGUAUAGCAUGAGUGGAAGCAUGUAUCGUGGAGGAGCCAGAGGAUAUGGAAGGCCUAGAACAGCUCCUCCAGAUUUGCCUUCUUUACUUUUAGAUGCUCGGAUUUGCUAUCUUGGCAUGCCUAUAGUCCCAGCGGUAACUGAGCUUCUUGUUGCUCAGCUUAUGUGGUUGGAUUAUGACAGUCCAUCAAAGCCUAUAUAUUUAUAUAUAAAUUCACCUGGGACUCAGAAUGAGAAGAUGGAGACUGUCGGAUCGGAAACAGAGGCAUAUGCAAUUGCUGACACCAUGGCUUACUGCAAAUCCAAAGUCUACACUGUAAAUUGUGGCAUGGCAUAUGGUCAAGCAGCAAUGCUACUAUCACUUGGAGCCAAGGGUUAUCGGGCGCUACAGCCAAAUGCGUCUACAAAACUCUAUUUGCCAAAAGUCAAUAGAUCAAGUGGCGCGGUGAUUGAUAUGUGGAUCAAGGCAAAAGAACUAGAUGCAAACACCGACUACUACAUUGAGCUUCUAGCAAAAGGGAUUGGUAAGCCAAAGGAAGAAAUCGCAAAAGACAUCCGACGACCCAAAUAUUUCCAAACACAAGAAGCAAUUGCUUAUGGCAUUGCAGACAAGAUAAUUGACUCAAGGGAUAUUGCAUACGAGAAACGGAACUAUGAUGAGAUGCUGGCACAAUCAAAAGCCAUGAGGAGGGCAGCAGGUGUCGGGCCACAAGCAGCUCCCUCUGGGUUUAGGUAGAGAGUAGAAGAAAGCAGUAAUGUUCCAGACACAGAAAGGAAAAAGGUUGUACUCCAUUGUCCUAUAUCUGGUGUCAUGGAGGAGCAGGAUGUUCUCUGUGGCAGUGUGGAAAUGUAUUUGUAUUUUGUACUGCAAGCAACCAAUUUGGUGAAUGGAGA